AUGAUCCUUUUCGAGGGCGAAAACGGCGCAGGCAAGAGCAAUCUGCUCGAAGCUAUGUACUUGCUUGCGGUCGCGCGCUCUCCUCGCGCGUCCACAGAGCGUGAACUUGUACGGCGCAGCAACGGCGAAGGUGAGUUCUACACGCAGGUAGCCGCCAAUGUGGAGCGGCAGGAUGAUUCGGUGAACUUGCAGAUUAACUUCCGCAGCGUGUCAGCGCCACCCACCGCCGGAGCGAGCGCUGCGACAACACCCCGGGUGAUGUCGGUGCAGAAAUACUUCCGCGCUUCCACGCUCAUAGGGCAUCUGAACGCGGUAAUGUUCAGCGCGGACGACCUUGAGAUCGUGUAUGGCUCGCCGAGCGUGCGCCGCCGCUACCUGAACAUCCUCAUUUCGCAGACGGACCGUGAGUAUCUGGGCGCGAUACAGCGAUAUGAGCGCGUGCUGCGGCAACGCAACCAUCUGCUCCGCCAGAUACGAGACGGAUCGGCGCGCAUCAACGAGCUUGCAUUCUGGGACGACGAGCUUGUCAAAGAAGGGAUCUGCAUAGUGGCGCAGCGCCUUGCUGCGGUGCGAUUGCUGUCCGAAGGCGCGAAUCCGAUGUAUGCCCGUCUGAGCGGCGGAAGCGAAACCCUCGCCGUAUCCUACCAGCCUAAUGUAGCCCUGCCUGAUGGCGCAGAUGUUUCGAGAGAUAGCAUCGCGGAACUCAUGGGCGCGAAGCUGAAGGAACAGCGCCGGCAGGAACUUGCGCGGGGAAUUACGGUUACGGGACCACACCGCGACGACCUCGCGCUCACGCUAGACGGAAUGGAAGCCGCUGCAUUCGCAUCGCGCGGACAGACCCGCACCGCGGUGCUGGCGCUGAAACUGGCGGAGGCUGAGUAUCUGAAGCGGCGGCGAGGGCAAGAGCCGGUCAUUCUGCUCGACGACGUGCUGUCGGAACUGGAUGCGGCGCGGCGCGAGCAGGUGCUGGGGCAUGCCGCGCAGUAUCACCAGGCGCUAAUCACAACGGCGGACAGAGAAGCCAUUGCACCGCAACUCCGGUCAGGAACAGCGCGCUUUAGCGUGUGCAGUAGUAAGGUGCAGUUACUUCACUAG